UAAUAUACAAACAUCCUCAAAAAAAAAAAAAAAAAAGAGAAAAGAGAAGAAAGGUCCAACAUCGCAACAUUGGCAACCAUGGCUAGAUUGGUUCGAAGACUAUGUCCAUCUGCUAAUCAUCCCGAGACUCCUCUAAAAUCAACGACAAUCUCAUCAAAAUGUGCUGCAUGUUACGAAGCUCAUGAAAAUAAGCAAGGCUACAAGUGUAAUAUGUGCGAUUUGUGUCUCCACGAGGAAUGCAUCAACACUAACAUCCCUUCUCGUCAUGCACACCCUCUCAAGCUCAACGAUAUGUAUUACUCAAAGACAUGUUCUCUUUGCCACACCAGUCCUACUUCAAUAAUUUAUCAAUGUUCACAAUGUUCUUUUUGUAUUUGUAUCCCUUGUGCGAGAAAACCUCUUAUCAUUAGCCAAAGUAAAGCCCAUGACCAUGAACUCCUCCAAUUACCGAUAGAAGUCUCCUUCACUUGUUAUGCGUGUGGGUUGUGUGUUACAGAAUACCCGUGUAUUUGUCUUCAUUGUCGUUUUAUAAUUCAUAGAGUAUGCAUCUCCUUACCACGUGUUAUACGCAUCAACAGACACGACCAUCGUAUCUCUCGUGUUUCUUCUCUUGGCUCUGGGAAGUGGAUUUGCGGGGUAUGUUAUGAGCAUGUUAAUGGAGAGUAUGGUGCAUAUUCUUGCUUGGCUUGUUCUUAUGUUGCUCAUUCAAAAUGUGCAACAUCUAUUUAUAGUUGGGAUAGGAUAGAACUUGAAGGGGUACCCGAAGAAGAAGAAGAAGAAGAAGAAAGAAAACCAUUUGAAGUGAUAGAUCACAACCAAAUCAAACAUUUUAGCCAUGAACACAAUCUGAAGGUUUCGUUAUCAUCAUCAAGACUCGAGGAACCCAGAGAACAUUGCUAUGCAUGCACCAUCCCUCUGUAUUCUGAAUUGUGCUAUAGAUGCACACAGUGUGAUUUUAUUCUUCACGAUGCAUGCGCAAAUCUCCCUCUGAAGAAAAGACAUGAGUAUAGCUCGCGAAAACUUAAGUUGUAUGCCAAAAGGCUACAAUAUUUUAGUUGUGGGGCUUGUAAUCGUUUUUGCACCGGUUUCUCAUAUAUGGACGAGUACUCUCUAUUUAAGAUUGAUGUGCGAUGUGCUUUGAUUUCUGGUGCAAUCAAACAUGAAAGUCAUCCACAUUUUUUAGUUAUAACUCAGGACAUGGUCUCUAGCCGGAGGUGUGAUAGUUGUGACUCGGUAUGUUGGUUUUUUCUACGUUGUAGCGAUAUAGAUAAUUGUGGUGGCUACAAUUUAUGCUUUAGAUGUGCUACUUUACCCACAUUGGUAAGACACAGAUACGAUGUUCAUCCUCUUUCCUUAUGCUACAGUGAGAGAAUUGUGAAUGCGAUACUUUGUUGCGGAAUAUGCGAAGAAGAAUUAGAUUCAAAAAGUUGGUUUUACAAAUGCAAUGAAUGUGGCUCAACUCUUCAUACUAAAUGUGUAUUUAAUCAUCUAAUACACUCAAGACCUGGAUGUAGUUUACAGAUGGGUUACUCGGACUCAUUUUAUUUGCUUCCCAAUCAUCAUCUCUCUCGGCCUAUUUGCUCCUUAUGUAAGACUCGUUGUAUGGGUGAUUUUGUUCUAAACCAUAAGGAUGAUACAAAUCUAUUCAUAUGUUGUUCUUGUCAAAUUCACUAAAUAAUUCUGUUGAUAUUACGACGCUUAGUAUUGAAAUUAAUUUAUAAAAUUUAUAAAUGCAUUCUGUCAUGUCUCUUGUAAUAAAUUUAUAAAAACUAAAAACUGUAUUGAUUAAUGUAAUAUAUUAAUCUAUCUAAUAUAUUAUGGUAGAUGGAUAUUUAUGGGGAAAGGGUACUGGUAAAAAAAAAGACAUAAUUAAAUUGAAAAAUAUUCAUGAGAUUAUUAUGUAAACUAGUGGGUCAUUAGAUCAAAUAAUAUGGAACA